CCACGAUCUUUCGGGCGACUCCUGAAUAAGUUGGUUCAUGAUACUGAGGCAACGCCAAUGGUUCUGCUUCAGGUGCCCAACUCCCAGCUAGUCGUCGAUUGUUCGAGUUCGCGUAAACAAGUUCUUGGAUUUUUGUGCUGUGCAGAACGUUCGAUUUCGAUUCGAUUUUUUAACUUUACUCACUAGUUUCAGCUGCUGUAAGCUUUCAGGAUGGCGCAAUUUUCGACCAAGGCAACAUUACUGAUGAUGACCAUCGUUGCACUGGAAACAGUUCGAAGUGUUCCCAUUAGUCUGACAUCCUCCCAGGAUCGGAGUUCAGAAUUUCGGGACCCCGGCUACGACUACGAGUACGAUAAAGUUUCAAUCGUGGGUGAUAAACCGGUCCGCGCAUUAGAACCGUACGCGAACUCUCCUAAUGACGACAACGCUCGGAAAGAGGUGGACAAUUUCCCUUCCAACGUUUUCAGCAUCUACGACAACAUUCAACAGAAAGUGAAACAUGUAUUAGAGCCAAAACCCAUCCUGGACAACAUCAAAGAGGCGGACAAGUACGGUAACACCGGGGACCAGUUUUAUUUCUUCACAAAACCAUUGGUGAAAAUAACGCAAGACUUCUCGCUUCUGACCAAUAGAGUCUUAGCCGCUCCUCAAAAGCUGCUCAAGAAGGUCAACAAAGCUGUCUCCAAUAAGCUGAGCGAUGUUGGUGCUGGUUUAGUAGGAUUGUAGAUUUAGAAUUAAUGAAUAACAGCAACAAAAAAUAGACUGAAUUUUAUAGAAUUAAAAUUAAAGUUUUUCCUCAAAAUUACCCAAAACAAUUGAAUCGAUGUCUUACUACUGACCUAGAUCGGCAGACAUUUGUACUAACGAGACAGCACUUGUCCAACGACUGAUGCGUUCCAUUGCUUUGAGGUAUUUUUCAAGGUUAAGCAUUUCGUUUCUGAAAAGGCCGUCACGAUUGCGGCUUCAUGCAGGUAGGUUGUGGUUUAAGUCUGCCUCUCUGUUUAAACUCUGUUUGGUGUGGUGAAUGACUUCAGUUCACUCGGAGUCAAGAGAGAGGAUUCAUUCAGUAGUCAAACAGUAUGGUGCGACAGCCUAGUAACGAUCAAUGGAGUCAAAGAUCAACUUGGUUCGAUUGUAGGUUGGUAUUCUUUUUUUUUGGAAACACGUCACUGUAGUGAUUUAAACUUUAUUAAGGCUAAUUGAU